GCCCGGAGGCCUCUGCCAGGGCACCACAGGCAUUGUGAGGGAUGCUUCAACCGCCACUGCCACAUUCCUGUGGAACCCAACGUCUCCUGCCUGGUAAUAAGCUGCCACCUGCUCUGUGGUGCCACCUUCCACAUGUGCAAAGAGGCAGAGCACCAGCUCCUCUGCCCUUUAGAGCAGGUUCCAUGCCUCAACUCCGAAUAUGGCUGUCCUCUGUCCAUGUCCCGCCACAAACUGGCCAAGCACCUGCAGGUGUGCCCCGCCAGCGUGGUCUGCUGCUCCAUGGAGUGGAACCGCUGGCCAAAUGUGGACUCUGAAACCACCCUUCAUGAGAACAUCAUGAAAGAGACCCCCAGUGAGGAGUGUUUGGACACAGCCCUGGCCCUGCAGGACCAGAAGGUCCUCUUCAGAUCCUUGAAAAUGGUGGAACUUUUCCCAGAAACUAGAGAGGCUACUGAGGAGGAACCAACUAUGAAUGGUGAAACCGGUGUGGAGGAAAUGGGAGGAGCAGUAGGUGGAGUGGAUAUCAGUUUGGUACCACAUGGUUUGUCAGCAACUAAUGGGGAGAUGGCAGAGCUAAGUCAAGAAGAACGGGAGGUGCUAGCCAAAACCAAAGAAGGGAUGGACCUGGCUAAGUUUGGCCAGUGGGAAAAUAUUUUCAGCAAAGAGCACGCAGCCUCUGCUUUAACAAAUUCGUCAGCGAGCUGUGAGAGCAAGAAGAAGAAUGGCCCAGAGAAGGAACAGAUUUCCAGUGGCAAUAACAUGGUAGAAGGAGAGGGCGCUCCCAAAAAGAAAGAACCACAGGAAAAUCAGAAGCAGCAGCAUGUUCAUACAGCUAUGGAAACCACAGGGCUUGCCCCUUGGCAGGAUGGUGUUCUGGAAAGACUGAAAACAGCUGUGGAUGCAAAGGACUAUAACAUGUAUCUAGUGCACAAUGGGCGGAUGCUGAUCCACUUUGGUCAGAUGCCUGCUUGUACACCCAAGGAGAGAGACUUUGUUUAUGGCAAGCUUGAGGCUCAGGAAGUUAAGACUGUUUACACCUUCAAAGUUCCUGUGAGCUACUGUGGAAAGCGAGCUCGACUUGGAGAUACCAUGUUGAGUUGUAAGCCGAGUGAACACAAGGCAGUGGAUACUUCAGAUCUGGGGAUCACUGUGGAGGACCUGCCCAAAUCAGAUCUCAUCAAGACCACCCUCCAGUGUGCUUUGGAAAGAGAACUCAAAGGCCAUGUCAUCUCUGAAUCCAGAAGCAUUGAUGGAUUGUUCAUGGAUUUUGCCACACAAACAUACAACUUUGAGCCAGAACAGUUUUCCUCUGGGACAGUGCUGGCUGACCUAACCACUGCCACCCCAGGGGGACUCCACGUGGAGCUCCACAGUGAGUGUGUGACCAGGAGACACAACAAAAGCAGUUCUGCCUUCACUUUCACUUGCAACAAAUUCUUCAGGAGGGAUGAGUUCCCCCUGCACUUCAAGAAUGUCCACACAGACAUUCAGUCUUGUCUCAACGGCUGGUUCCAGCAUCGAUGCCCCCUUGCCUACUUGGGAUGUACAUUUGUUCAAAACCAUUUCCGUCCCCCGGGGCAAAAGGCAAAAGUAAUCUACAGCCAGGAGCUCAAGACCUUUGCCAUUAAGCCGGAGGUUGCUCCAGAGCUGAGCGAGGGAAGGAAGAACAACCAUCUUUUGGGUCAUGGAGGAAAAAGCCAGAAUUCUUUAACCAGCCUGCCCCUGGAGAUUUUGCAGUACAUUGCUGGGUUCUUGGACAGUGUCAGCCUGGCCCAGCUCUCCCAGGUGUCUGUGCUGAUGAGGAAUAUCUGUGCCACUUUGUUACAAGAGAGAGGAAUGGUCCUUUUGCAAUGGAAGAAGAGGUAUUCCCAUGGAGGCACCUCCUGGAGAGUCCACAGAGAGAUCUGGCAGUUCAGCAGCCUCUUCUCCAAAAUCAAGAGCUGGGAGUUUAAUGAAGUCACCUCCAUGUCUGAGCACCUGAAGUCCUGUCCUUUCAACAUCGUAGAGCACAAAACUGACCCGAUUCUUUUGACCAGCAUGUGUCAGCCCCGUGAGCAGGCCCGAGAGAGCUUAGUCUCCACCUUUAGAGUCAGACCACGAGGAAGAUACGUCUCCUAAAAAUGCAGAUGCCACCCGAUGCACCCUUCUUGGAUUUCUUCUCGGAGUUCCUGAAGUAGGACAGGGUGUGGUUUUGAGGACUCCGUUCUGUAAACUGCCUAUUUGCUUAUCAGGGUGUAUUGGAACAUGCAAUGUCCUUCAAAACCUCAACACAAGGCCAAAGAAUUUCCUAAGCCAUGUCUUGUACCAUAGUGACAUAUUAGUGACUUAUUACCUUUUUUCUUUUCUUUUCUUUUUUCUUUCUUUCUAAAAUAGAUUGGUCUGAGAAGAAAAUAAGUAAUUUGAGGCCAUUUGGAAGAUGGACCCAAUUUCUUAAGCGAUGAGAGAGCAUGAAAUUCCAUAAUCAGUACAGGCCUGCGCUUUUAUGGGCUUUUUAGUUUACAGAGCACUUUCAAAUUUAUGGGACAGGAAACGCAGAAUGGGACUAAGGUACAAAGAGUUACUCCCCAGGGAAUGCAGGGUGAAGGGAACAAAGCUGGAGGCUCUGGAGCUGGGUCUGUUUUGAUGGUCAAGUCCAGGGCUUGUUUUGGCCAUUCUACUGCCUCUAGGCCAGGGUAGUUCUAACACAGCCUGACAUAGGAGAGCCCCUGACUGAGCAUGGCAGCCUUGAAGAUACCACAGGCCAAAACAUGAGGGGCAGAAAUGGGGUCACAGAGUCUGCUGUUAGAAUCUUGGCAACAUACAGCAGGAAAGCCUUGAGAAAUGGGGAGUCCAAAGGAGACACCGUAUUUAUGGAGAACAUUAGGACAAAAAGCCACAAGCCUACUUUUUUAACAUUUUAAUGACUUAAGGGUCAAGAUGUUUUUUCCUCAGAAAAUUAUGUUCUGAGUUAGGCAGAACACAGGCAUGGCCCUGGGCCACCCUGCGCUAUCUGAAAUGACCUCAAUACACUAAUGCCAACCUCAGCGUCAUGCCAGAAUGCACAGGGUAGCCCAGGGAGACCACACCUUUGGCAAAGUCCAGACAAGGCCCACUGCAGUUCCUAUGGCACCAGUCACCAGCUCCUAGACACCACUUGGGUACCCCAUUGGGGUCUUGGAGAGGAAGACAUGUGAACCUAACGGCUCCCUGAAAUUGCUCCUACCCAUCCAUAUUGCUGGUCAUGCAUUCAGUCUGACAAAAAUGGAUGAUACUGCUAUUUUUGGUAACAAACAGUGAAUAUUCAUAAGAACA